CUUCCUUUUCCCUCUUCCGGACGCGGAACUGACAGAAAUUAAAAAUGGUUCAGCGCCUGACAUAUCGCCGUAGGUUGUCCUACAAUACAGCUUCCAACAAAACUCGACUGUCACGGACCCCAGGUAAUAGAAUUGUUUACCUCUAUACCAAGAAAGUUGGAAAAGCACCCAAAUCAGCUUGUGGUGUAUGCCCAGGAAGACUUCGAGGUGUUCGUGCAGUGAGACCUAAAGUUCUGAUGAGGCUCUCAAAGACAAAAAAGCAUGUCAGCAGGGCUUAUGGUGGCUCCAUGUGUGCUAAAUGUGUCCGUGACAGGAUCAAGCGUGCUUUCCUGAUUGAGGAGCAGAAAAUUGUUGUGAAGGUGUUGAAGGCACAAGCACAGAGUCAAAAAAGUAAAUAAAAAGGAUAUGACUUUUUUCAACUAAUAAAGAAUUUAAAACAUG